AUACUGAAAGGUUAGAAAGAUAAGUAGGUGUCAGAUUUCAGAAGGAGAAGAAAAAGAAGACGAUCCAAGAAGCGAUACAAAGCGGAACAUGCCACAAGAAGAAGGAAAAGAAGAAGAAAAAGAGAGUUAAUAGGGCGCAGGUGUCCAGGGGUCCCGGAGCCAAGACGGACCAAGGCGGUGUAAACAAUGUCUGAGGAUGGAGGCCGAGAAUAUCAAGUUAUCGGGCCUUUUACGGGACAAAUACGCCCUAAUCCUCCUGGUGGUCGUGUUUAUCUUUAGCACUAUCGUCUCAGUCCUCGUCAGUUUGCUGGUUGGGGCACUGCUCAUCACAUCUCUCUGCACAGGACUUCUGCUGCCAUAUGUAAUAUUUGGUGAUGGCAAACAGAUCCCCAACCUUCUGGCGCUGUUUACUGGGUCAGACAGCCACAUCGUCCAGGGGGAGCUGCCUCGGUCCUGCUCAGUGUGUGGGGGGAGCGGUGUCAGCGGCAGCAUCCCAGCACUGCCAUCCCAUUGUCCACCCAUGCCCACGUCACCUGCACUGUGCCGCAGAGUGUGGAUGAGGCCCUGGAGGAGCUGCUGACGAUGGUGCUGGACCACUACGUGUUUACCUGGUACCGGGAGAUCUCCAUCCAUGACCAGCUGGUGGAUGAGAUCCGCUACAUCAUCAGAUAUGCCGUGGCAGCACUUGCCACUAAACUGUCCAAGGUGGACCUCACGUUGGUGAUCACAGACCGCUUGCUGCCGGCACUUAUCAACCACCUGGAUGCCUAUGUGGAGGGCAGCCGGCGGGUGCGGGGCAACAUGUCCCUGGAGGCGGCAGUGGUGCAGUAUCUGAAGGCGGGUGGCGGCCUGCAUCGGGCGGUGCGGUCCAGGGAGGAUGAGACAGCAUACCUGAGGGGUGUGCUGGGGACCAUCAUGCCCUUCCUGCUGCCGGAGAAGUACCAGUCCAGCAGACUGGGUCGCACCUUCCUGGAGGAGCUGCUGGGGCGGGUGUUGCUCAUCCAGGCCAUGGACUUGCUGGCCAACCCGGACACGGUGAACCUGCUCUUCUUGCUCCUGCUGAGCCGCGACCCCUCCCCCUGGCCCCCUCACAGGCCUGAGCCAGAGGUGCUGCUGCUCAAGAAUUUUGCCUCUGUCAACAGUCACCCACGCAACUCGGUACUGAGGAGCAACCUUUCCUCUGUACUGAAAGAUCAGAGUCUGCUUUACCUGUUCCACACCUUCCUGAAGGAGGAGGGAGCCAUCAACGUCCUGCAGUUCUGUCUUGCUGUUGAGGACUUCAACCGACACAUCCUUGACCCAGACCUCACCACUGAGCAACUGGAGCAGCUUCACCACGACGCCCUGGAGCUCUACCACACCUACAUGGUUGCCUCAGCCCUUGACCACAUCAAGUUCCCCACUCACAUUGUUGCCCACAUCAGAGAAAUUGUGCACGCUGAGGUGAAGGACAUCGUCAAGCUGCGCACCACCAGGCCACUCUUCCAGGCAUAUGAGCACGCCUACAACCUGCUAGAGAGGGAGUACCUGCCACUCUUCAUGCACAGCUACACGUACUUUGCUCACCUGUGUGGGACAAGGAGCUCCCAGGCAUACCAGAAGAACGCCACCAGGGAGACAGACCCCCUGCACAAGAAGACUGUAAGUAAGGUAGUGGUGAGGAAGGUGGGUAGUGGCCUCAGGCAAAUUGGCAAACAGAUGGUGCUCAAGCCGUCAGUGGUCACCGGGGGGGAGGACGACCACUCCCUCUACGACAUUGACGAGGCCGAUGACAUCUCCUUACUCAUGAGUGACGACGGCAGUGGGGCGAUGGGGCAGGGGGUGAGUGGGCUGGAGGGGCUCACAUCCAGCUUCCGAGACCUGAGCGCUUGGCGGGUGUGCAUACCAAGGGUGGAGCAGCGCGUUGACGCUGCCAACAAGCCGUACUAUGCCUUCAUCGUUGACGUCACGAGGAUUGACGUGUCCGGAGUGGAGCACCCUGAUGAGCUUCACUGGGAGGUGGAGCGGCGGUACAACGAAUUCUACAUCCUGGAGAACAAGCUGACAGAGUUCCAUGGGGAGUUCCAGGACAACCAGCUGCCUCCCAAGCGUGCACUAUUCACCUCCAAGGACAUUGGGUUCAUGCAGACCCGGCGACUGAUAUUUGAGGAGUUCCUUCAGAAGCUGCUGCAGAAGCCGGCACUGAAGGGAUCCCAACUGCUGUUCCUGUUCCUCAAGACGAAGGAUGAGUUCACCAACACCUACCUGCCGGAUGUCUCCCUGGGCCGCCUCAUACGGGACGUGCCUCGCAAGCUGAUGAAGGAGCGUGGCCAGUACCUCGACGCCUUCAUCAACGUGUUCCUCUCCUCCACCGUCACCACCACCACACCCACGCUGGUCAAGUCUAAGUCAAAGGUAGAGUGGGAUGAGCCAUUCAUGAGCAAGGAGCAGGAGGAGAAGCCCAACCAGCUGCUCACCACACUGUUUGGGGACAACGCACAGAGCCUGGACAUCCCCUCCCAGGAGGCUGCCCCACCGCCCCCUGCCAUGAUGAAUGUGGUGGGGGUCUUUGACACAGUCCUCUACUUGGUGGUGCGAGUGUACGGCCUCUCUAGGAAUGGGCUGCGGUGGCUGAUGUGUGUGCGGGUGAUGGCCAAGAGCACCCUGGAUGCUGCCGUCAGCUGGUUCCUGCGCCGCAAGUUGGCUCAGGCCCUCGCACCGCCACGCAUCGUCACACUCAUCCACCUGAUCCGAGAUGCCCUGUUCAUCGACCCCCCUGAGGAGCGUGGUGAGAGAGAACACAGGAGUCGGGAGAGGGAGCUGCGACGGGAGGUGGUGGGGCUGCUGUCGCCUUGGCUGCAGCGGACACUCUUUACUCAGGACUUGUACAACGAGGGCGCCAACACGCUGGUCACCCUCUUCCAACACCCAGUCCUAAACAAGCAGCUGUCCUACGUGCUGCUGGACGGCGUGCUGGACGAACUGUUCCCCGAACUGGCUGUCACUCCCGAGCUGUCCCCGUUCCUCUCCAACAGCUGAGUGGACCCCUGAGCUCAGCACACACACAACCGCACAGUCUUCUUAACCCUGGUAACACUGCGUCAUUAUUCCAAGACUCCCCUCUCCUCCUUUUCCUCCUCCUCCUUUCCCUCCACUGCCCAUGUGACUGAUUGUCCUCAUGUAUUCCUGGUGAAUGUACAACCCCUGUGUAGUGUUGGGCUCUCCUUGCCUAGCAUCAGCUGUUUCACAUUCCUCACUAUUUUUGCACUUUUUCACACUCCAGUCCAUAGUAAAUGUAAGGUUUUGGGUGAAGUGAAGUGAUGACCAGGACACUAAAGCUAUUACCACCACGAGAAAUUGGAUUCAUUAAUAUUAAGCACCUUUAACUACCAAAAUUUAACUAGAAAGUCCCUAAUAGCAGAUAAUCAUAAUUCUAAAUCACAAAGGUGCCCUAAAAGAUUGUUGUGUAGCAGUUCUUGUAAAGUGACAUAAGUGGGCACUGCAGCAGGAACAAGUAGAGGGUUGUGGUUGUAAUGAUUGGCAGAGGUUCCGGUACCAAUAACAUGGCUUGUCUCAUCAAAAGUGGUGAUGGUGCUAAUGGGGUUAACUGUUGCAUUUUAUGUAAUAUAUAUAUAUAUAUAUAUAUAUAUAUAUAUAUAUAUAUAUAUAUAUAUAUAUAUAUAUAUAUAUAUAUAUAUAUAUAUAUAUAUAUAUAUAUAUAUAUAUUCUUUUUUUCUUUAUCAUGAAAGGAGAGAUUUUAGAUUAUAUAAAUUUUCUCCUCUAUACAAUCUUGAUGGAAUGGAGGACUUUCACAAACAUACAACAAAAGACGCAUGUAAAACCAAACCAAACCUUCAGAGGAACACCCAAGGAGUAGGAAUGAAGCCACUCAGGAUGAUGGAUUGAUUGACUGAUUGACACCACAACACAGCCAUAUAGGUUUGCCCCUGAAGAAGGGAGUCAUGGUGUGAUGGCAGUUAGGCAUUCAGACACCUGAUUGGGAACUUGAGGCUGGAGGCUGGAGUCCUUGAGGGUUUGGUGGUGAUGUGGUGGUGGUGUGGUGGCCAGUGCUCCUUAUGUGGUGUUGGGUGUGAGUUGAAGACAGGUGUUUAAUUUGGUUGCUCAAUUUGAUUUUCAGAAUGUGAUGGUAGAUGAUAAUCAGUCUUUGAGUAAGUGAACACCCAGCAGCCGUGUCUCUGUGGCCAUCAAUGUCUUGUGUCCUGCACUUGUGACCCUCCUUAGUUAGGCUGAUUUUACUUGAUAUAUACGCACACAAACACACACACACACACACACACACACACACACACGCACACACACACAUAUGGACAUACAGUAAAAUCCCUCUUAUCCGGCAUCAACGGGACCGCCGACAUGCUAGAUACUUGAAUAUUGCCGGAUACUUGAAUAGAAGUGAAAUUAUGUCCACAAUCACCACCCUACACUCACGCAUCUUACCAUAACAAAGAUCAGCUGAUCUGAUCAGCUGCUUAAGUGUAAGCACAACACGCUUCCUCUUUUCUACAACUUUAGGCAUGAUGAAGGUGUCAGGCGAUAAACAGUGCACACGCGGGACUGAGUCACUGAGUAAACACAAUGCAGUGGGCCGCGGGUGGCGCAAAGCAGUGCGCUCUGGUGGCGAGGGGACAAAGUAUGCCUUGCGCGGGAAUUUUAAUCAAUUUUAUGAGUACACAUUGAUUUUUUAUUGAUUUUAAGGCUUGGGGAAAAAUGUGCCUGAUACUCGAAUGCCGGAUGAGAGGGAUUUUACUGUACUUGCAUACAAAAGACAUGAAGGGGAAGAGCUUAUGAGCCAUCUCAAUGAAGUCAAAGUCUAUGCAAACCUCACGAGAAGAGAAGAGCCCGGCACCGCCCCGCAUUCUUGCCAGGACUCACCACAGUGGACUGAUUCCUGCCGUUCAUCAGGGAUCAGGACACAAGAUCCACUCACAGGGGACUGGUGUGCAUUGGGAUGUUGUCAUGCACCACUUUACUAAUCAAAUGUUCCAGUUCUUCUGAGAAUGUGUGUGGAGAAUUUCUAUCAUAUUUAGCACUAGUGAACAGGGUAAACAUUACUUGUAUAAAGGCCGGUGACAACUGUGUCCCGGCUGUAAGUGUGCCAUCAGUUUAGUCCAGGAGUCGUGUCAUUGGGGUCCAUGGAAGGUUGUUUUGCCUUCCUGUGUGUAUCUUGAGCCUUCUCCCACCACUAUCAAACAGCAUUUUUUUUUUUUUUUUUUUUUUUUUUUUUCUAGCAAAUCUGUAUCUUGUUUAGACAAGGUGAAAGUUGCUUUAUGUUCCUCUUAUCUUCCUUUAUGGUGGAGCUUGUCAUGCUGAUUUGAAUUUUCCAGCAGGUUAGGUGUUGUCUUUGUUGGAGGUUCUUUCAUGUUCCUAAAGAGAUUAAUAAUGAUUCAGUGAAAUUUAUCGAAUCUCGAUUUGUAGACUAAAUGCAUUUUAUGUUAUAGUUUUGUGUCAAUUGAAGCUCAAAUAAGAUUGGAGCAUUACUCAGGUAACUACCACUUCAUAUGUGAAUUCCUAUUGAUGUAUUAGUUUGUUUAGUUGCAGUUAGUCUGUCGGUAGAAACUAGACCUCUUCUUCAUGCAUAGAUUAUGAAUUGUUGAGAGCAAACUGUUGUAGUGUUUGUAAAUUGCCACCCUGUUAGGCACUGUUCCCCUAAUGCUAGUCAUUCUGGUGAGACUCAUCCUUGCUGCACCCGUGGCUCCUCCUCCUCCUCAUCCUCCCAUGGAUCCACCAUCAGGCUGAAUGAACAACGCUGAUUAUGUUUACACUUGUGUUUGUCAUACUUGUGUACCAAAGAGUUUAUAUUAUUCCAGAUUGUUUUGUCUGUGAUAUCUGAGAACUGUCAGUUGCAGACUUCCCAGAGACACUCAGUAUUUUUUUGUGAUUUUGUCUUUCUAUGAUUCUAACACCUGUUUAAGUUGUUACUGGCAGCUGUUAUAGUAAUCCUACUCCAAGUCACUCUAGAAGUAAUCGUAAGUCUCUCGGCUGGACACCUACACCAGCUUCUGUUUUCACUGUGUUAACACUUCCAUGCAUGGUAGACGCAACAUCAGGGCCAACUAGUAUUGUGUCAUUCGUGCAUAUCAUACCUAAGGACAUGGGCAGUCUGUGAGCACAAGGGUGAUGCUGCCACUGUGCUGCUGUGCUGGCCUGUGGCACCUUGGAGACGCACGCCUGCUCCUCACAGCUAGUGCCAGUGCAAUACUGAUGCUUGAGAAGGCAGUGCAUUUUCAAUGUCUCUUCAAAAAAGAUGCAAUGAAAUCUCAGAAUGGUUACUACUGUUUUGAAGCAGUGUAGUGAUGUGUGCUCACACAUAUAAACAGCAGUGAUGCUGAGAUUGAGGCACAAAGCAUUUCAUGAAUUUGCUUAUAAGAUGAACCCAAGUUAUGUGCAUUAAAACUGCAGAUGCUUUUGAAGAAUUCUGCUUGAUUUCAAGUAGUCUUCCUCUCCAAUGGAAACAGAAAUGUGUACAUAUAUUGUAUAAAUAAAAUGUCCCAACUGAACACGGAGGAGCAAGAAUCCCAACUCCCAGUGAGAGAGCUGGGAUGAGUGUGCAGACAAGACCUGAAGUGCACAUCUUGGAGUCAGCAACUCAUUGAUUUGAAUGCUUGUGUGAAAGAAAUUAUUCUAGUCACUUAGGCAAAUUGUAUUAUAAUUUUAGCACUGAGACAAACACUCCCAGCCGUGCCAUGUCUUGGGGCCAUGUGGAGUGUGUGAUUCAGUCCAUGGGAAGCAAAUUAUAUUUAUAUUUGAUUUGAUAUUUCUUAAAGGAAGUUAGAUAGAAUAACUAUACAUAUUGGAAGAUGGUUUAUAUAAGUGUUGCAUAAUUUUCUAAACCUAUUUUUGAGGAAUUAUUGAAAUAUGUAUGAGGGGACCCUGUGAGCAGCCUCCUCCUGUCAUUCCAGAUUAUAUUAAAAUUAUGUACAUCAUUUAUUAA